AAUCGUUUCUUUUCUAGUACUUGUGACUUUGAUUUCUUCUUCUUCUUCUUCUUCUUCUUCAUUUUGUUGUUAAAAGAAAGGCAGAAGAUAUAGAAGAUAAAAAUUAUGCACCAUUUAGGUGUGAAGAAAAGCAAUCUUCUUGAUUUGGCUUCCGCAGAGACAAACAUGCUUGGCUCUGCAGGCAAUCAUGAUCAGCCUCUCUGCCCCAGGCCCCGUAGAGUUGGCCCUGCCAUACCUGAAUUCCUCAAGCCUCAAAGAUGUAACAAGCACAGCCAACAAAAUUCCGAUGAAAGAAGUGGAAUUCUGAAUAUGAUCACUGAAAAGGAAAUAUUUGAUGGGAGGGAAUAUGUAUGCACCAAGUGUUCACCAGCAUGUUACUCAGGAUCUCCACCAGGCAGAACAAAUAACCCUCUGGUUCAUGAUGUGCAGUUUCUUCAUCAGAUGGAACUUCUUUCUCCAUUCACAAGAACAAAGCUCUCAGAUAAAUUUGGUUUUAGUACCUCUGCCUCUCCAGUGUGAUCAGCCUCAGAAAUGACGUCGUCUCCCGAUUUGUUGGAAGAAUGAGAGUUUUUGUUUCCCUGAAUUUUCAGGGUUCGGUUUUUGUAGUGUUCAUUUGUAAAAGUUUUGUAACCUUUCAAUUGUGAGUAUCAAAUUGUAUAUAUGAUGAGUACCUCAAAUUUGUCUUGUAUAUAUGAUUGUGAUAAUAAUAAC